AUGAAAAAAACAAGUGUUACUCUUUUUGUGCUGCAAUAAAUUAAGGUUUAAUUUUGAAUUUUUGUUAACAAAGGCAACCAACGAUUUUUUUUUAUUGUAAAAGAACGAGAAAAGUACAACAUAUUUGCAAUAAAGAACUGCCAACGUCUUCAAUUCAAUAAAAAUAAUCAACGCUAAAUACUAAGGCAAACGUAUUGAACAACACCAACAAUAAUAAGAAAAUUUAAUAAAAAUAAAUACAACAACAACAUCUACUAUUUACAACAAAGUGUUCUAAAUUAUUUUAUUUAAAAGACAACAAUUAAACAACCCUCAAAAAUUUUUACUUCAAACGUACGAGUAUGUCAUCAAAUGAUGCCUAUAAUCGCAGUGAAGAACAAAAUGGAGGCAAUGGUUCGGUUGCAUCAUUUAGCGGUAGCACAGCGCCGAGCACAAGCAAACAAGACACACAGGCACCGCAACAGAUAGUACCGAAUGAAGAGACACAUUUAAGGGGCGGUUCAAAGCAGGCAUAUUUCAGUGAUGAAAAAGUUUUGAUACCCGAAUCAGUACAGAUGGGUUUCAGUUGGCGCAAAUUAUGGGCCUUCACAGGGCCCGGUUUUCUAAUGUCAAUUGCGUAUCUUGAUCCGGGUAACAUUGAAUCUGAUUUACAAAGUGGUGCAGCAGCAAAAUAUAAAAUUCUCUGGGUGUUAUUGUGGGCGACCGUGUUGGGUUUACUAAUGCAACGCUUGGCUGCAAGACUGGGUGUUGUAACUGGCCUUCAUUUAGCUGAGAUGUGCUAUCGUCAGUAUAAAAGAGUACCACGUUUUAUUUUAUGGAUUAUGAUUGAAAUUGCCAUCAUUGGUUCCGAUAUGCAAGAGGUCAUUGGUACGGCAAUUGCCAUAUAUUUACUAUCGAAUAAAGUGGUGCCUUUGUGGGGCGGUGUACUGAUAACAAUUAUCGACACAUUUACGUUUUUGUUCUUAGAUAAAUAUGGUCUGCGAAAAUUGGAAUUUCUAUUCGGUCUUCUUAUCACUGUUAUGGCUGUGACAUUUGGCUAUGAGUACGUGGUUUCGGCUCCCAAUCAAGGUGAGGUUUUGGAAGGUAUGUUUGUGCCCUGGUGUAAAGAUUGCAACUCAGAAGUUUUACUGCAGGCAGUAGGCGUAGUGGGUGCAGUUAUUAUGCCACACAAUUUAUAUUUACAUUCAGCUUUGGUCAAGUCUCGUGAUGUUGAUCGUCGUCAGCCCCAAAAAGUACGCGAAGCUAAUUAUUAUUUCUUCAUUGAAGCUUCGGUCGCCUUGUUUGUUUCAUUCAUUAUCAAUUUAUUUGUGGUGGCGGUCUUUGCCCAUGGCAUGUAUGGUAAAACCAAUAAUGAUGUGCUACAAAUUUGUCAAAAUCAAAGUAUGUAUGAAGAUGCCAAACAUUCAUUUGUGGACAAUCAAAAUGGAACUGCCAUCAUUGAUGCGGAUUUAUACAAGAGUGGUUUGUUUUUGGGCUGCACAUUUGGUGUGGCCGCCAUGUAUAUUUGGGGUGUGGGCAUUUUGGCCGCUGGUCAAUCAUCUACCAUGACUGGUACCUAUGCUGGCCAGUUCUCCAUGGAGGGCUUUUUGAAUUUGCAAUGGCCACGCUGGCGUCGUGUUUUGUUCACCCGUUUGAUUGCCAUUGUGCCCACCUUUUUCUUGGCUCUAUUCAGUAAAAUGGAAGAUUUAACAAAUAUGAAUGAUAUUUUGAAUGCGGUUAUGUCGCUGCAACUGCCGUUUGCUGCCAUACCAACGAUAGCAUUUACGUCGUGUGCGGCUAUAAUGGGUGAAUUUGUUAAUGGAAUUGCCAAUAAAAUUAUUUCAAUAUUAUUGACAAUUGUUGUUAUUGCUGUUAAUUUAUAUUUUGUUAUUAAUCAAGUUGAGGCUUUAAAAAUUGAAGGUGGAAUUUUAGCUGUAGUUUGUAUAUUUGCCAUUUUAUAUUUAUUAUUUAAUUUAUAUCUUGUGAUACAUAUGGCCGCAUGUAUGGGCAAUAAAACUCUUAUGAAUAGUCGGUGGGUCCAAAAAUAUGUUCUACCCAGCCAAAAUAGUUUUUCAAUUAAGAAUGCCAAUUCCACCUACGCAAGAAUUGCCUCAAAUCCAGAUGCAGAAAUUGACAUCAACAAUGAUGACGAUGCGUAGCCAUUACUGCGUAAUGUAGACACAGAUGACAGUGAUGAUGAAGAUGAUGAUGAUAACUGCAUUAACAUUAAUAGUAUUAAAAUACUUGCCAAUGGAACAUCACAUGUCAUUAGCUAGCAUCCAUUGAUAUUCAAAACUACAAACAAUAUUAUAAUACAAAUAAUUCUAAACACAUUUGAAACAAAAUUCAUGAGAAAUCUAGAUAAACUCUAUAUAAAUUUAAUAACAACACCAAAGGUAUAAAAGAUAAUAAUAUUUAACAAACAUAUUGAUUGGCAGACUAAUAAUGAUUAGUUGAAUACGUAAUUGUGAAAAGAAAAUACUUAAUUUUAUUAAAAGUAAAUUAAAAAGUAAAACAAUAAUUACAUAUAUUUAGGUUUUAAAAAUAUUGUAGAUAAGAACAAAUUUGGUUAUUAAUUACUAUUUUAUUUAAAAUUUUUAAAUUAAUGAAUUCAUUUUUUAAAUAUGAUUAUGCUCUCUAACUAUUGCAAUUGUUUAAAAAUGUUAUUGGCAGCCAGAAUAAGUGAGCAGGAAAAGCAAAAAAUUUGAAACUUCAAAAUGUAAAUUUUAAACUUCAACACUUUUAUAAAAAAAUAGUCUGAAAUAAUAAUUUUUAAUAUUCGUAAUAACAUCUGCAGCCCUUAUUUUAAUUUGCGAUUUGUCACGUUCUUAAUAUUCUGGCCCGAUUAUAAUUAUUUUAGUUACAAUGGGGAUUGUUUUAUUUUUUUAUUUUGUUUUAUUUUUCUUAAGUAAUCAAAAUUUGGUGCCUAAGUUUAAACAAAAAUUUUAAUUAAUAAUUUAAGCUUUAAUGCAAAACUAUAAAUCUAUUUUCAAAUUGAUUUACUUCAUUUCUUAAAUAGCAACCCUCGUAUAACCAUGACAUGAAAUCAAAUAAUGUUUUUAACUUUGUAAAUUAUGGAGUAUUUUUGAAUAGAGAUGAAUCUUUUGUUUUUUUUUGUCAUUUUAAAAAUUUCUUUUGCAUUAUUUUUUAUGACAUUCGUUCACCUCUAUUUAUUUAUGCUCUGCUAUAAAUGUUUUCUCGAAAUUUCUCGAAAUUCUUUUUACACACUUUUCUAUGCAUUUUCAAAAUUUAUUUUAUUUUUGCAAUAAUUUCUUAAACUACUUGUAGCAAAAGGCUGUGAAAUUUUUUUCAAAAUAUCCUAAAAACAAAACUAAAUCAAGUACUUGAAAGGAAUUAAAUUGUUUAUUAAAUAUUUUCUCUAAUUAAUUACAUACCUACUUAAACAUCACAUUUACAAAUUGUUUUACUUAAGACAUUAACAGGCUGAUUUUAUAAAAUUGUUUAAGACAUUCGAUUCGGUUUAAUUAUUUCCAAAUUAAAUUCUUUUUAACAUUUGAAUUGUGGACAUAAAAACUAAAUUUUUAAAAAAUAUUUUUUUCAUUUUAUAAAAACUGUCUGUAAACUAGUUAAAAACUAAAUUAUAAUUUACUUAAAAUUUGUUUUACAUAUGUAUUUUUAUUUUUUAAAUUUAAGUUAUAAUUUGAAUUAAGUAUUUUAUUUUUAAAUUGGUUACGCAUCUAGCAGCAGUAGUGCAAUGAUGCUUUUUUGUCUCAUCAAAUAAUUAUUUUCAAAUUAAAACAUCACAUUAAAAGAAUACAAAGUUUUAUAAUUGAAAUUCAAUUAAGCUAUAGCUAAAUAAUAGUAAUAAUAAUGAAUAAAAUGUGUAUAAUAAAACAAUAUUUAAAAAAAAAAUUAAUAAAA